CUGGGCGGGGUCAGCGCCAGGCCUGGAGACAAGCGGAGAGGGAGCCGCGGGAGCCGGGAGCUGGAGUGACCGCUCGCCAUCGCCGGCCGGAGCCUGGGAGCCGGGGGAGCAGACGACUGAGUCAUGUGGCUGGAAAUUCUUCUCGCCUCAGUGCUGGGCUUCGUCAUCUACUGGUUCAUCUCCCGGGACAAGGAGGAAACGCUGCAACUUGAAGAUGGGUGGUGGGGACCCGGGACGAGGCCCACAGGUGGGGAGGACGAGAGCAUUCGCCCUUUCAAGGUGGAAACAUCGGAUGAGGAGAUCAAUGACUUACACCAGAGAAUCGACAAGGUUCGUCUAACCUCACCUUUGGAGGAUAGCCGCUUCCACUAUGGUUUCAACUCCAACUAUCUGAAGAAAGUCCUCUCCUAUUGGCGGAAUGAAUUUGACUGGAGGAAGCAGGUGGAGGUCCUCAACAGAUACCCUCAGUUCAAGACUAAGAUUGAAGGGCUGGAUAUCCACUUCAUCCAUGUGAAGCCCCCUCAGCUGCCCUCCGGCCGCACCCCAAAGCCAUUGCUGAUGGUGCAUGGCUGGCCUGGCUCCUUCUUUGAGUUUUAUAACAUCAUCCCGUUCCUGACUGACCCCAAGAACCAUGGCCUGAGCGAGGAGCACAUUUUCGAAGUCGUCUGUCCUUCGAUUCCUGGCUAUGGCUACUCAGAGGCAUCCUCCAAGAAGGGCUUGAAUUCAGUGGCCACUGCCAGGAUCUUUUAUAAGCUGAUGCUGCGGCUGGGCUUCCAGGAAUUCUAUGUUCAAGGUGGGGACUGGGGAUCCCUGAUAUGCACCAACAUGGCCCAGCUGGUGCCCAGCCACGUGAAAGGCGUGCACGUGAACAUGGCUUUGAUCCUAAGAAAUUUCUACCCCCUGACCCUUUUCCUGGGACGGCAUUUCUCGGGGCUGUUUGGCUACACCGAGCGGGAUAUGGAGCUGCUACACCCCGUGAAGGAGAAAGUGUUCUUCAGCAUAAUGAGGGAGAGCGGCUACUUGCAUAUCCAGGCCACCAAGCCUGACACUGUGGGCUGUGCCCUGAACGACUCCCCUGUGGGACUGGCUGCCUAUAUUCUCGAGAAGUUUUCCACCUGGACCAAUUCAGAGUUCCGAGACCUGGAGGACGGAGGCCUGGAGAGGAAGUUCUCUCUGGACGAUCUGCUGACCAACAUCAUGAUCUACUGGACAACGGGCACCAUCACCUCCUCCCAGCGCUUCUACAAGGAGAACAUGGGACAGGGCUUUAUGGCCGAAAAGCACUAUCGGAUGAAAGUCUACGUGCCCACAGGCUAUGCUGCCUUCCCUUGUGAGUUAAUACAUGCCCCGGAAAAGUGGGUGAGGCUCAAGUACCCGAAGCUUAUCUCCUACUCUUACAUGGCCCGUGGGGGCCACUUUGCUGCCUUUGAGGAGCCGGAGCUGCUCGCCCGGGACAUCUGCAAGUUCGUGGGGCUGCUGGAGCAGCAGUGAUGCCACUGGGGACUGGCUGUCACCUCAGAGGCAGCCCCUGACCCUUUGUGGCAGGCUCCCUCACUGAAACCUGCCCUUUUACCUGGAAGUCCCAGGUCUCCUAAUGCCAGCGUCCCCAGGGAGUAGGGCUGGCAGGGAGGCUGCUUCCAUCAUCUCUUGGUGAAGAGCCUCUUUUCUGAGGAAUGGGUUUGCUUCCGUCUCCUGCCCAUCCCAGGGCACCCCCCACACACACACUCACCUUUUCCCUGUGCACUCGCCCACAUGUAUUAAACAACCUGGCUUUGAUGAUAAAUGAUUUUACUUCUAA